AGUCUAACCCUCGUCACCAAGCCGAGCGCACGUCUCCUUCCCGCCAAUUCUCAUAAAAACGGACAAUAAUUUUGAAAUCCGAAUACCGACUUCCAUUUUCGAACGCGCGUCAGAUAUGAACUUUUGACGUGGAUUAAUUUUUUUUUUAAGACACUGACAAUAAUUCGUUCUUCCUCGUCGCUGUAUUUUGGACUUUUUGGACGAUUUAUUGUAAUUUAUUGACGUCGCGUAUUUUUUUUUUAUUGCAAGGAGAGUAUUUGUGGCAUCAGGUGGGCGCGAUACUGCUGCUAACAGCAUGUGGUCCCUUUGGCGCGCUUGGAGCGUGUUAGUAUGCGCGUGCGCAGUGGCGGCGCAGCGUAUAGAUCAGGACGCCAUCAUGUCGCCGCGUCCGGCCCGUCUCCGGGACAUGCGGCAAGACACCAAGACCGACGAACCGACUUGCGAUCAACUUAAGGCUAUGUGGAGAUUCUCAAAGCGGCAAGCUCGAGCGCCAGAGAUCAUGAAUGAAGUCAAUUCGUACCGUGAUCCGUUAAUGUACAACGAAUGGCCUGUUUACACCGCGAUACCGAGAGCCGCGCCCAGGUUCAGAUACCGGUACCCGACGCUACCCCGUGAAGAAUUCGGGAGGGUCAUAACCAAAGCACCUGCCAACGUCGUCCGCACUCCAGAUUAUGAUGAGAUGUUCGGUAUGUUGAACGUGCCCCACACAUCGGGCAAGAUCCUGCGAUACCCUGGCCCAUCACGACCCCGAGGACCUAACUUCAUGGUGCCUCCACAGCGAGACAGGUUUGAAGCGCUGAAGAAAAUGAUUCGCCAGGAGCACGUGCUUGAGCUGCAAAGGAAAUACGAAGCUGAGCAGAAGCAGGAACUCAAGGACCUUACUUCUGGACGAGGUGAUGACUACGUGUAUGGAUCCUAUGGUGAACAGGAGCCUCGAGGUUUGCAGCCACUGUUGGAGUACCCUGCUGAUGAACCAACUUCUAGGCACAGCAAGAAACCACCGGCUGGCAGUCGCCAGAUCUCGCAGUUCUCGCGCUACUCGGACGUGAUACUGCCUCCGGCCCGCCGCGCUAUAUACCACCCCUACUUAGAGUACGCAGCCCCCGAAUUCGUCCCCUACUACUGAACAGCCCCCGGGCACUCGGACCCACAGGACGAACCAGCGUUCUACAACAUUCUACUGCAGGGACUAUCUCCCUUAUUGUACAAAACACUUUAUGGGCUUUAAAUCCAAAUAUCAGUAUUAAAUUGUCAUAUCGAAAGCAUAUCUUUAACGCUUUCGCUUAGACGACCCUCGUCACUUAAGAUGCGAGCUUUCUCUGCAUUAUCUUUCAAUAUUUUUAUAUUUAUAAACCGAAGUUUUUCGAUGUAGAUAUGCGAUCUCUGAAUUUUAAUAUACCCCUUUUGAAUAAUCGCAUUGUAUUUUUCGAUAGGUUUAAGGAUUUAGGAGGAUUUCUUCUUGGAAUGUUCGAGUCCCUAGGUCGAACGGACAUAAUAAUGUUAUACGGUACUUCCGAUUGUGACAAUAAUACAUUAUAUAUACGAUUCGAGCAAUUAUCUUAUUGCCGUCAAUUCCAGAUAAGUAAAUCGUGACAAUAAAAUGUUUAAAAAAGUAAUCUGACAAUAAUCUGUAUGGAUGUUUACAAUUUGAUGUUUAGUAGAGUUAUAAGCGUGACAAGGAAAUAUUCCAUUUAUAUAUUAGGAUUUUAAUAAUCGAGUAUGAUUAUAAAACUUGGUGGCUAGCCAGUUGGAAGUUAUUAUCUGCUUUUCGCUUCGAUUCGACUUUAUUGAAAAUUUGAUCGCAACAUUUAUUGAAUAACAAAGAAUAUUCCGCGUGUUUCUUUCUUAAUCGAAAAAGUUUUUAUUAAUAUUAUGAGGUACAGUCCGAGCCCGACGACCUCAACAGAAUCGAAGCGGAAAAUAUUCUUCUAGCUUCGUCCUUCAAAGGAAUAGUUUUACUAACCUUCACUGCUCAUUCUCCGUACUGUAUCUUAGAACCAUAUAUUAUUUGUAACCAGUAUUAUUACUUUGUAUUUGUAUAAUUUUAGCAGUUGACUGCCAUAUGAUGGACAUUUUCUGCUAUUUAAGUUGAAUUUCUGUUUAUGUAUUUGAAAGCUAAUACAUAGUAACGAUGAAGAUACUUAAGCUUGAGACCUAUAUAUGUUUUCUCCAAAAUAGUUGAUAAUUGUUGUGAUUAGUCGCUAAGUAUAUGGUUACCAUGUAUUAUAAAUCAAAAGCCUUCAAGACGGCUAGGUGGGCUUCGGCUGUGCGGGCAGACAAUACUACGUUAUACUUCGAGUGAUACGAAUGGCAGCGCAACCGAGUCCCGGCAGAAAAAUGCUUUAACUACAUUUAAAUGUUUCAUGUUUAUUGUAAUACAUAGUUAAUUGUAAAUUAGUAAUGCGCCGCUCGCGGCUUAUUUAAUAUUUGUGUACUAAUGGAUUUUAAUAUAGGAACGAAGCAGCCGCGGAUCGAUGGCCCGAGCAUCUUCUGUUCAAUGAGUAACACCAACCAUUCUCUCCAAUAUGACUCACGCGCAGAGCAACUCGUCUCCAAACCUUGGCAGAUCUCCUAACUGUGUAAAUUAAUCGGAAUCGCACUGAAAGUGAAGGCUGUAAUUCUAAGGAAGUUGUUACCUAUUUGUGUACUAUAUAUAUUAUUAUAUCUAAUCAACUAUCGACAUAUAAGUAUCGACAAUGAGUCGACAUAAACUCACAGACUAUAAAAUUUGGCUUUAAAAUUAUAUUACACGUCAUAUAUUGUGGCUUUAAGAAGUCAAUGAAUUCAUUAAUCUUCUAUUUAUUACGUGGACCGUCUUACGACGGCCUGUACCUACAUGUUACGAUUUAGCGAGAUAUCUAUACAUAUUUUUAUUUAUAUUAUAUAUAAUUUUCUAACAAUAUUCUGUAGAAUUUUACAAAUUAUUUUAUUGUCUUUUAAAGUCAUUAAUAGUUAGGUAGUUAGUCGAUAAAUACAUUGAGUAGUGUUUAUUGGAUGCGUAUUAAAAAUAGGUGUUUAACUAAAGAAAAUAUAAUUGGAAACAUUUCAAUAACUAAAAAUGUAGUUUCUUCACAGUUACAUAUCCCUGCGAUUGCAUCGCAGACGUAACUAACACAUAUGAUCUAGCCAUAUCAAUGGACAUGAAAAAAAAAUGUAAUUCUAGUGAAUUAUCGAAUGCAUACAACCCAAUAUCAAUAAAGAUUUGAUUACCCUUAAAUCGGGGAAAAGUCUUUAUUGUGGCAACACUGGCGCUCCGUUCGGAUACUCGUACGAAAUGAAAAAAAAUAAAUGUCAAAAAACUAUUCUUCAAUUAUCUAGUCAAUUUACGUAGAUUGUGCAUUCGAUAUUUCAACAUAUAUUGUAUGAUUAUAUGACUAUGACAAUAUAUUUUAACAUAGUGUCACUUACCUAUCAUCGAUAGUUCGCAGCGCGGUCUAUCACGGACAAUAAAUAUGUAAUUUGGACAAUAAUUCGCGUUGCAUGUACUACGCAGUAUAUAGGUAUAAUAAUAUUAUAUGAUAUUGAGGCCGCGCCUGUCCGUACGUAGGUAUACAAUUUAACCUAUCCAUUAAUAAAUUAAUGUUUUAAAAUGUAUAUUAAUUGGUGGUUUUUUUGAGAAAUAAAGAUAGUUACAUACUCCUGAGCAUAA